AUGGGGGCGCUCCCUAUAGCAGAAGCGCAGCUGGUUGCGCUCUUCAUGCAGAGUGUGACCUAUGGCGUCCACAUGGUGACGUUCGCUAUCUGCAUAUAUACUUGGUUCAGUCGCUCGAGCAGCUCCUGGACAUCGGCGUCGAGGAUUUGGUUGUCUGUCGCCAUCGCCUUCUUCGUCAUCGGCACUUGCGAUGUCUCCUUCAAUUUGUAUCAUAAUCUCAUGGCGUUCGUCCUCCCUACGGCGUCCUCCGGCGCAAACACUGUUUUUGAUCAAGCGAGCAAUUGGGUCAACGUGAUUCGCAGCGUUUGGUUCUAUAUCGGUGCUUCCCUCUCCGACGCAGCCUUGAUUUACCGGUGCUGGAUGGUGUAUGCCAGUUCACGCCAUCGGGCGAUAGUCGGAAUAGUACCUCUGGUACUCUGGCUCGCAUGCAUAGCCUUCGCGGUAAUGAUUUUAUACAUCUUGGGCACUUUGGAUGCGGAUACCACUAUACCCGAGAUACCACAAUUGCAGCCAUACCUAUACUCGUUCUAUUUGACGACAGUUGUCCUGAAUCUCCUCACAACCGGUCUAAUCAUCUUUAGACUGUGGAGGGCUCAUAAGCGCACUUCAUCGUUCUUCACGCGGAGCUGGCGCGUUCGGAGUCGACUCAGCUUAGCGAAUGUCAUCUUGAUUAUGGUCGAAUCCGCGCUUCUGUACACCACAACCGUCGUGAUCAGCGUCGUCUUGGACCUUGCAAGAUCGAAUAUGUACUACGGUGUCGCUGACAUUGGCCUCGAAGUCGCCGGCAUUUCUUUCGAUAUGAUCAUCAUCCGUAUCUGGACCGGGGUAUCGACGGAGCAGACGCAGGCGUUCGCAGCAACUCUGCCAAACUUAUCGAAGUCGAAAUCGGAACCAGGGGACCAGGUCGUCUCUGUUCACUACGGCUCAAAAGAUCUGAACGCGGCCGAGCUUGUGGUUUCCCGUGUCGAAGUGAUCGAGUGGCAGGGAGCUGAUGAGAACCCUGUCUGA